AUGGAGGUAUUUGAGGUCUUUAUUAGAGACAUGUCAGGCCCAGUAGUUGGAGUGUCUGAUUCGGAAGAUCAUGAUGAGAACCAUAAGACUAUAGCUACAGGCGAUGCAGCACAACCAGACGCCACGAAUUAUGGGGAUCCUCAGAACACAAAUCCUUCGUUUUCUUAUACGAACACCGAAAGCCUGGUUUCAUCGACAACAUCAUCUACAGACUCAGGAAUCACCCCUGCUGUUAUCCCCUCUUCUAUUACAGCGGACGCCGCUUCAGCAUCAUCCGCCUCAUCAUCGACAUCAGAUAUCCCAACAAUCACAGCUUCCGCCACAAAUGGAACCUCCAUCAAUUCCUCCGGGUCCUCCUCCUCUUCCGGUGGAGGAACCUCAACAAAAACAAAACUAGCAAUUGCUAUCCCCGUCGCAGUCGUCGGUGCCAUAAUUAUCAUGGCGAUUGUAUUCUUCUUCCUACGACGACGCCGCCGUCGCCGCCAAGCUCCCAUGACACCUACAUACGAAGUCGCCAAGAAUCAAGAUACCCUCCUCUCAACCUCUCAGCUUAUGGCCGCUACUCUCGCUAAGCAACAAAAACCCGAACAAGCAUCAGGAUCAAUGCCCCGUUUUCCCAUGUUGGAUGUACCAGAUAGUCGAGAUGGAGAUAUUAGUCCUGGCAGCUCGGGACAGAUGUCGCAGAAUGAAUCAUCGCAUGGAGAAAUGGGCUUUGGAAUGGCUGUUGCGAAGGAUCAGAGGCCUGAUGCUACGGAGCAGGAGUUAAGGCAUAUAAGUCGUUCUGCCUCGCCGGCUAAUGCGGUUGGUACACAGAUACAUUUACCUCUUGGUGGGGAUGAGAAUGAACAUACGCGGAUUAGGGACGAUGAUGAUGUUUCUGUUGUGUCGGAUUAUCAUGGACAGAGGGGUCAGCAUGAGCAUGAUUAUGAUGAUUUGUCUUCUGUUUCGUCUUUUGAAGGUGAUACCCCACGGGCGGAUGAUCAUCAGCACCCUUUCCGAUGA